CACACACAAUGUUGUCGUUCUUCCUACUGAAACUAUUAUCAUCAUAUCAGAUCUUCUGGUUGCCAUGACGAUAGAGCAUGUCCUUCAUAUGGCCAAAGGGGGAGGAGAGACCAGCUAUGCCAAAAACUCGUGGCUUCAGCGGAGGGCUUUGCUUGAGACUACACCGUUGCUUGACAAGGCUGUAAAGGAAGUUUACAUGGCUCUCUCCCAUCCAACGAUGACCAUUUGUGAUCUAGGCUGCUCCUCCAGUGAAAACACACUCUUCUUUGUUUCGAAGGUGAUCGAAGCGAUGUGUUCCCACCGUCGCGAGCUGGGUGCCAGUACCAAGGUCGAGCUCCAGUUUUUCCUCAGUGAUCUACCUGUAAACGACUUCAAUCAUCUCUUCCUUUCACUUAGAGGGUUCAAGGAGUCCAUAGCAGUGGCUCACGAGGGAGAAACACUACCUCCAUUCUAUAUUACCGGGUUGCCGGGCUCGUCCUACAAGAGGCUUUUCCCUGACAAGAGUGUUCAUCUUUUUCACUCAUCAUAUUCCCUCCAUUGGCGCUCUCAUUUUCUUGAUGGAUUAGAGGGCAACCCAAACGAAGGAAACAUUUACAUUGCCAAGAAUACACCACCAUAUGUGGUAAAACUGUACCAGGAGCUAUUUCAAAAGGACUUUCUGCUUUUCCUCAAACUUCGAUAUGAAGAACUUGUGUUUGGUGGACAAAUGUUGCUGGUAUUUCUUGGAAGGAAAAAUGAGGAUGCAUACAGUGGAGAGCUGAACCUUGUGUACGGGUUACUUGCAAAAUCUAUACAAUUCCUGGUUGAAGAGGGCCUAGUGGGGAAGGAAAAGCUUGAUUCCUUCAACCUGCCCAUUUACGGGCCGUCGGUCGAUGAAGUGAAGACGGUGGUCAGCAAAGCGAAUUUGUUCGACAUUAAAAAGAUUGAAUUGUUCGAGCACAACUGGGAUCCUUAUGACUACUCAAAGAGCGAUCACGUGGACGACCCUCUCCAAAGUGGCAUGAACGUCGCCAAGUGCUUGAGAGCAGUGAUGGAGCCUCUUUUUGGGAGGCAUUUCGGUGAAUCUGUUCUCGAUGCCCUCUUUGAUAAGUACGCGCAUAACGUUGCUGAACACCUUGAGAGGGAGAAGACCAAGUACUCAAUCAUAGUCUUGUCCCUGAAAAAAGGAUAACCUAUAUCUGUGUUCAAUGUGUAUUGUAUGAACUAAAUGUGUAUGGGUCUUACUGAAUCGUUGCAUCUACGUUGGUUAUAUGUCACGAGCUCAGAGCUCUGAACAUGUUAUUGUCCAGCGACGUGAUUCCUGUCAGUCUGGCGUGGUCGUAUAUAUGUGUCUGUGUUCCAGUAGGAUGAAAUCUGUGUACUGUUUGAUGUGUGCUAUCAUAAUUCGUAAGUGAUAAUCAGUUUCAAUGGAGUUUCAUCAAAGUUUUACAAACUUCA